UGCACUGAAUAUUCAAAGAUGCAAUUACGGUUAAUAUGGUUUUUAAAAAAGCGGAAUCUCACUGCCAGCUAACAGUUAUAUUCGUACAAGUGUGAGAAGCAGAAGUUAAGUGAACCAUGGAGUACGAGGAUGAAUCAGGAAUAUCAGGAGAAUUACUCCAGAAAUCGAGUAAUAUUUCGCAAGAAAUGUCUGGUUUCAUGGAUCCGCGAACGAUAAAAUGGAUGCUGAUAUCUUCAUCGAUACCAAUAACCUGCAUAAUACUCGUUUAUCUAUACGUUAUCUAUGUUGCUGGACCACGUUUUAUGAAAAAUAGGCAGCCAUAUUCGUUGAAAAUGUUUAUGCAAUGCUAUAAUAUUUUUCAAGUUAUCACAAAUUUUUUGCUGGUGUUCAAUAUGGUAACGAACGGUAGACCGUUCACAGUCGUGUGGAGAUAUUGUGAUUCCUUCGAUAAAAUAUGCGGUGAUAAUUCUGAAAAAAUGCUUGGGAUGGUAUGGUGGGCGCUAAUACUCAAGCUAAUUGAUUUUAUUGAAACUGUAGUGUUUGUAUUAAGAAAAAAAUAUCGGCAAGUAUCAGUUUUCCAUGUGUACCAUCAUAUUUCUACGGCUGUUUAUGUUUGGAUAAUCUUACGAUACUUGCCUCAUGGUCAUAUCAUGUAUAUGCUGACGCUCAAUUGUAGUGUGCAUGUAAUAAUGUAUUCGUAUUACUUUUUGAGCACUUAUGGAUCCAGGAUACAACAAAAAAUUUCUUCGUUUAAGAAGUGGCUCACUAUUAUUCAAAUGACACACAUUGUAUCUAUAUUGCUUACUGGUUUACCGCCAAGCUUAACAACAAUUGAUUGUGAUACAAAAGGAAAAUAUUUAGGUUUCGUAACUUUCGUUCUCUGCUCAACAAACUUGUGGUUUUUCUGGGACUUUUUCAAAAAAUCUUAUAAAAAAUCGAAAACUGCUUGAUUAUUAUAAUGUUAUUAUUAUAAUGAACUUCAAAUACAUAUGAGAGAAAUAUAAAAUAUAAU